AUGUCUUUAUUAAAUUAUGGUUUAUUCUCUCGUAGUUUUAAGGGAUACAAGAUAACUCUCUCUCUCUUUCUCCCCCCCUCUCUCUCUCUCUUUCCCUGUUUUUUUACUUGUCUUUCUGUCGUUGACAUUUAUUACUUUUUUCUUUCUCUUUAUUUAUUUCUCCAAUCAUUUUCAUCUUCGCUUCUUUCUUUCUUGUACGUUUUUCAUUUUUAUUUCUUUUUCUUCGAUUUCUGUCUUUUCCACAUUCUUUCUUUCUUUCUUUCUUUUAUAUUUCUAAUCAUUAGUUUUCGGAAGACGUUUUUUCAUUUUUAUUUCUUUUUCUUCGAUUUCUUUUUUGGAGAUAGAAGAAAACACACCAUCUUAUAUAAGAAAUUUCUCUCCUUUUUAUUUCUAAUCCCAUCAUUCGCCUCUAUUUCUUUUUUUUUUUUUUUUUUGAUCACGUUUGAUUUCUUUCUGCAAUCAUUUUUAUUUUCGUUUCUUUUUUCUUUCUUCCUUUGUUUUUUCUUGCUUGUAUCCUAUUUUUUUCUAUCUUUUUCAUAUUUUUCUUUCUUUCGCUGGCACUUUUCUUUCUUGUACUUCUGUGUUUUUCCUUUUCUUUUUCUUUCUUUCUUUCUAAUAAUAAUAUUGCUGAUUUCAUUCAGUUUUUUUCUUUUGUCAUGUAUUUCUCUUUUUACAUAUUUUCAUUCAUUCAGCUGUUGCUUUUUCUCACUUUUUCACACUUUUUCUUCUUUUCGUCAACUUCCGCCUUUCGCAUUUCUUUCUUUAUUUUUCAUUCUUUGUAUAGUUAAUUUUUCUUCUUUCUUUUCUCCUGUUUUUUACUCUCUUUCUUUACAUUUCUUCGUUUUUUUUUCUUCUUCAAUUUUUUCAUAUGUCUUUGUUUCCUUCGCUUUUCCGGCAUUUUUUUUGUUUCGAUUGCUGUCAGAUCAGUCUUUUUCUUCUUAUUUGUCUUUUUUUAACAAUCCUAUCUUUCUUCAACUCCCAUCUUCUCCGUAUUCUUUCUUUCUUUCUUUCUAUUUUUCUUUCUUUUUUUCUAUCUUUCUUUCGUUCGUUCCUGUUUCUAUAUCCUUUUUUUUGUACUUUUUAAUUUCGUUCUUUUUCCUUUCUCCGAAUUCUUUCUUCGACAUCUGCUUUCUCCAAAUUUUUCUUUCUUUCUUUCUUUCUUUGUUUCUUUUUUUCUUUCUUUCUUUUUUUCUUUCUUUCUUUCUUUCUUGUUGCUGUUUUCUUUUUCUUUCUUUCGUUGGUUCAUCUUUCUAUUGUAUUUUCUUGUAUAUUUUACUUCCUUUCCUUUUUGUUUCUUCGACUUCUGCUUUCUUUUUAUUCUUUUUUCCUAUCUUUCUUUCGUUCGUUCGCAUUGUGACACUUUUCUCGUUUCUAUCUAAGGAACCACGUGAGUGUUUCACUGAUUUGCUUAUAACUACGAGUCGAACAACCACUUACAAUCCUGCCAAAGAAUGUGCAUUUUUAUCAUAUCAUACCUUCUAUCUAUCUAUCUAUCUAUCUAUCUAUCUAUCUAUGUAUCCCAGCCUGUUCAUAUCUAUCUAUCUAUCGCAGCCUGUUCAUAUCUAUCUAUCUAUCUAUCUAUCUAUCUAUCUAUAUCUAUCUAUCUAUCUAUCAUCACAGCCUGUUCAUCUAUCUAUCUAUCUAUCUAUCUAUCUAUCUAUCUAUCUAUCUACUUUAUUUUUUUCGUAG